UUGUGGUAUUUGGGUAUGAUUUUGGUGAUUUUCAUUUGAUUUCUUCUCUGAAUUCCAUCCCAAUUCGUGUUCUCAUUUCAAUCCUAGUGUCAAUUUGGUUUCUCAAACUUGAGGGUUGCUCAAUGGUGGAUCAGUGAUAAACUUGGAAGAUAGUGUUGGUGAUCCUGGGCAGUGAGUGUUGGUGAUCCUGGGCAGUGAGUCUCAGCUAUUAUGGGCUGCAUCUUUGGGAAGGGAUUUGAGAGGGAGGAGGACAAUGAGACUCAGGGAGGUCGAAGCCUGAGAAAUUUCUCACGGCGAGGUAAAGAUCAUGGUAUUGAAGGGGAGAAGAAAGCUCUCUCUGAUGUUGAUAGGGUGCAUAAGACGUAUGGCCAUCAGAGAAAUGCUAUUGUGGAUGGUUGUGUGAAUGAGAGGAACUUGCAUUUGAGAGUUAGUGCUAAUAGAGGAGAGUAUGGUUCUCGUGUGGCUAGUUUUCCAAAUAGUUUUGUAGCAGAGCAUGUUGCUGCUGGCUGGCCUGUUUGGCUUGUGACGGAGGCCAGGGAGGCAGUGAUAGAGUGGCAGCCUCGGAAAAUUUCUUCUUUUCAGUUUUAUGAGCAGAUUGGAAAGGGAACUUAUAGUGUUGUGUUCAGAGCUUUUGACCUUGAAAAGUGCAAAGUUGUUGCCCUUAAGAAAGUAGAGUUCUCAGACACAGAUCCUGGGAGUAUCAGCUUUAUGGCUAGAGAAAUUCAUAUUCUGCGUCGACUUGAUCACCCAAACGUCGUAAAACUUGAGGGUUUGAUUCCAUCAGUAACAUCGCGUGAGUUAUAUCUGAUAAUGGAAUAUAUGGAGCAUGAUCUUGCUGGCCUUUUAGGAAAUGCUACUGUCCGGUUUACAGAGGCACAGAUUAAAUGUUACAUGAAACAACUAUUUUGCGGCCUUGCUCAUUGUCAUGAUCGUGGUGUUCUGCAUCGAGACAUCAAGGGUUCUAAUCUUCUUAUUGGUAAUGAUGGCAUCCUUAGAAUAGCUGACUUUGGCCUGUCCAAGUUCUACAGUCCUGGUCAGAGAAGGCCAUUAACAACCCGUGUUGUAACACUGUGGUACCGACCACCUGAGCUUUUGCUUGGUGCCACAAGAUAUGAUGCCUCCAUUGAUCUGUGGAGCGCUGGCUGUAUACUAGCAGAGUUAUUUGCUGGGAAGCCAAUCAUGACAGGAGCGAAUGAGGUGGAGCAAUUGCAUAAUAUUUUUAAGCUUUGUGGUGCUCCACCUGAGGAGUACUGGAGGAGAGCAAAUUUUCCAGCUGCAACAGUUAUCAGACCUCGACUCCCAUGUCCAUGUCGUCUUGCUGACAGAUUUAGAGGUUUCCCUCCAACAGCCUUAGCUCUUAUUGAGACCCUUCUUGCAAUAGAUCCAGCAGAUCGAGGAACCGCAGCUUCUGCCCUUCAGAGUAAUUUCUUCACCACAAUGCCUCUUCCCUGUGAUCCUGCAAGUUUGCCUAAAUAUCCUCCAAGCAAGGAGAAAGAUGUUAAACUCCGGAUUUAUAAUGAUAGGAGGCAAGAAGCUGCAGCUAUGGAGGGGCAGGGAUGUGAAUCUCGAAGGGCUUCAAAGGAAUCCAUAGCUCGUGUUCCCAUGCCAGAUGCCAAUGCCGAACUUCAGGUGCCACUACAGAAGCGACAAGUUCAGGCAAUUCCCAAAAGCAUUAGUGGGAAGUACAAUCGACAAGGGGAGAGUGGGUCAGGGCAUUCAAUGGAGCUUCCAAGAGGUUCGGCAGUGAAUCAUUUCCUUCCUCCCGGCAAAUUGGUGUACUCUGGUAGUACAUCUGGCUCUUCAUUGAACAAAAGAGUGUGCGGUGAGCCUCAGCUACUACCUGCCCAGUCAUCAAGUUCAUUGAGGCCAUCAAAUAGUUGCCUGUUGCGGACACAAACAUCACUCGCACAUCAGGGAGGAGGUGCUGGCUUGUCCAACUCAGCUGAUACAGCGACGUCAAGAAGCAGUUUGAACUCUCGACACACACAACUGAAUUCUUCUGAGCACCAUGAGAAAUUUCCAGAGAAACAGUCCUCUUCGCACAAGAGAGAAGAUCGUAUGGAAAAUAUGGAACCCUUAAUGGCAUACAAUGAAAGGAAUAGUGUCUGGUACUCUGGGCCACUGAUGCAUCCAGGGGAAAAUGUGGAAGAGAUGCUCAAAGAGCGUGAUCGGAUAAUGCAACAAGCCAUCCGCAUUCGCAAAGCUCAGCUAGAUAAAACAAAGAUGAAUUAGUGAAAAAAUGGACUCUUUGAACCCAACUUUAUCCUGUAAAAAUUCCUGGUUCAGAUGCUUGAAAAGCUGCUGAUAGUUCUGCCAGAAUACAAGGAGGAAAAGUAAUCUUAGAUUGGAAACAGAAUCAUCUGCCUUGUGGUGGUUCCCUGUAUACAAGUUUCAGAUGCGGAAUACAGCUGGUACUGUAGAGUGCGGUAAUUGUUAGAACUUCAUCAGUAUCCCUUAUCAGCUUCAAGUACCCCGUUGUAAAUAGAUUUAGCAACGACAAAGUGUGUACAUAUCUUCGGUUAUCUUUCUUUAGUGGAUGGUGAGAUGAAUAUAGUUAAAUAAAUCAAGUUUUCGAUGAA